GGAAGAGAAGGCGGCCCCCCUCUCUCGGCCCGGCCAUCUUGUGGGAAGAGCUGAAGCAGGCGCUUUUGGCUCGGCGCGGUCCGCUGCAAUCCGUGGAGGAACGCGCCGCCGAGCCACCAUCAUGCCUGGGCACCUACAGGAAGGCUUCGGCUGCGUGGUCACCAACCGAUUCGACCAGCUAUUUGACGACGAAUCGGACCCUUUCGAGGUACUGAAGGCAGCAGAGAACAAGAAAAAAGAAGCCGGCGGGGGCGGCGUUGGGGGCCCCGGGGCCAAGAGCGCCGCUCAGGCCGCGGCCCAGACCAACUCCAACGCGGCGGGGAAACAGUUGCGUAAAGAGUCCCAGAAAGAUCGCAAGAACCCGCUGCCCCCCAGCAUCGGCGUGGCUGACAAAAAGGAGGAGACGCAGCCGCCGGUGGCGCUUAAGAAAGAAGGAAUAAGGCGAGUUGGAAGAAGACCUGAUCAACAACUUCAGGGUGAUGGGAAAAUUCUUGAUAGGAGAGCAGAAAGGCGACCACCUCGCGAAAGAAGAUUUGAAAAGCCACUUGAAGAAAAGGGUGAAGGAGGUGAAUUUUCAGUGGAUAGACCGAUUAUUGAACGGCCUAUCCGAGGGCGAGGUGGUCUUGGAAGGGGUCGAGGAGGCCGAGGACGUGGAAUGGGCCGAGGUGAUGGAUUUGAUUCUCGUGGCAAACGUGAAUUUGAUAGGCAUAGCGGAAGUGAUAGAUCUUCUUUUUCACAUUACAGUGGCCUGAAGCAUGAGGACAAACGUGGAGGUAGCGGAUCUCACAACUGGGGAACUGUCAAAGAUGAAUUAACAGAGUCUCCCAAAUACAUUCAGAAACAAAUAUCUUAUAAUUGCAGUGAUUUGGAUCAAUCAAAUGUGACUGAGGAAACACCUGAAGGUGAAGAGCACCCAGUGGCAGACACUGAAAAUAAGGAGAACGAAGUUGAAGAGGUUAAGGAAGAGGGUCCAAAAGAGAUGACUUUGGAUGAAUGGAAAGCUAUUCAAAAUAAAGACCGAGCAAAAGUAGAAUUUAAUAUCCGAAAACCAAAUGAAGGUGCUGAUGGACAAUGGAAAAAGGGAUUUGUUCUGCAUAAAUCAAAAAGUGAAGAGGCUCAUGCUGAAGAUUCAGUUAUGGACCAUCAUUUCCGGAAGCCAGCAAAUGAUAUAACGUCUCAACUGGAGAUCAAUUUCGGAGACCUAGGCCGCCCAGGACGUGGUGGCAGGGGAGGACGUGGUGGCCGUGGCCGUGGUGGUCGUUCAAACCGUGGCAGCAGGACUGAUAAGUCAAGUGCUUCUGCUCCUGAUGUAGAUGACCCAGAGGCAUUCCCAGCUCUGGCCUAACUGGAUGCCAUAAUACAACACUGGUUCCUUUGUGGACCCUCCUGUUCAAAGCUUUGCAUGCUUAAGGAUCCCAAACAACUAAGAAUUAAAAAAAAAAAAAGACUGUCAUUCAUACCAUUCACACCUAAAGACUGAAUUUUAUCUGUUUUGAAAACGAACUUCUCUAGCUACACAGAAGUAACAAAUAUGUUAGUCAGUUUUGUAUUUAGAAAUGUAUUGGUAGCAGGGAUGUUUUCAUAAUUUUCAGAGAUUAUGCAUUCUUCAUGAAUACUUUUGUAUUGCUGCUUGCAAAUAUGCAUUUCCAAACUUGAAAUAUAGGUGUGAACAGUGUGUACCAGUUUAAAGCUUUCACUUCAUUUGUGUUUUUUAAUAAGGAUUUAGAUGUUCCUUUUAUUACAAGCUGGUUUUAAAUAUUGGACAUAAUACUGGUUUUAAUACCUGCUUUGCAUUUUCACACAUGGUCAGCUGGGACAUGUAAACUUCUGAUUUACCAGAUUUUAUGCUGUGUGGAAUACUAACCACUGUGUAUUUUAACUAUUUUCAUUUGGGAGUUGACAUUUUCUUUCCACCUCUUAUGAUAGCUGAUAUAUACUAAAUCUUUAUACAGAAAUGUCAGUACUUGAACAAAUUCAAAACACAUUGGUUUAUUAACUUUUGGCUCAUGCAUGGUUUAUUAGGUUCAAAUUAUACCUGAUUCAUCUAUAUUUACUUUUAAAAUGUGUGGUUUCCUCAUUUUAAAAGUAAAACUAAACAGUGCUUUUGGAAUUUCUAAGCUACUAAUUGUUGAUAGAUACAGCCUGUGUCUAGUAAAAUAGUUUUGUGGGUGUGGGUUCUAUCUUCCCAUGAAAAAGUGGGAGGUGUAAGUUAGUUUGGUUAGUGCCUAAUAGUUAAAUUUAUAUAAAAUAAGAAUGAGCAUUUGGUAUCUGUAUGAAAGGGCCCUAAAUCAAAAUGAUUAUCCAUAAUCAAUCUUUAUUCUUGUUUUAUAAAAACCAAAGGGCACUCAUUGGUUAGUGUGCUGAGAUAGAAAAGUAUCUGAACUUUAGUAUUCACAGUCAGCUUUGCUUUUAGUUUGGAACUGCAUCACUAUCCAUAAAAUAUGAAGCAAGUGUCUCGUUUAUGAACUUCCUGUAUGUUACGAUUUGGUCAUGAGCUGACAGAUAAAUAGUACACAGAAAGUAUCAGUUUCCAUUUCCUUCAUUAGAAAAUUAGGUAAUUGAUGAAUUUUUUUUUAACAGAAGCAUCACUGCUUAUUUAAAAGUACGUGCAUAGAAGAUUUAAACAAGGUUUUUCUAGGAAUUUUUAUUCACAUGGAUUAAACAGGAAAGGAGUUUAAUUCAAAGUUUUAAGACUUGUCAGUUGUCAGUUUUUUUAAACUUUUGUUGUGAUUAUAAAAAUGCUUGGAGAUCUUAAGUCUUAUUUGCUAGUUAGAUGGUUAGUUUUUAUGUACACAUCUAAAAGAUGUUACAUAGCACAUUUAUUCAUCUAAUAACAUUUAUUAAUCUGGUUGCCAGAGAGAAGGUUUUGGGUUUUUUUUCUAAUAGACUUGUGCCGGUGACUUAUGCUGCACAUGACUGUACUUACUAGUGCUGAUAUCUGACGUUCCACAUGCUCAGUUACCUGCUUUUCAGAGGCAAGGAUCAGUCCAUGUAGACUUGUAGCAUAUGCACCCUUAGGUCAGUAUCUUUCGAGUAUCUUAAUUCAUUUUUAAUAUUAACGUCUUUUAUAAGUACAGAUUUCCAGCAACAUGUAGAAAACACCUGCUCUUAGAAAUACAAGUUUUACUCACUGAUAAGCUGUCACAAGAAAACAACAUAGCAACAUUUUGUUACUAUCAAAGUAACAUUUGUUACUUUCAAACUAGGCUGAAUUUGAAGAAGUUGUUUUAUUAGUUCUAUAUGAUACCUGUGAAUUUCUUUUCAGGGUCACUUUAUGUCAAGAGCUAAUGGUAAAUUUUCUGUUGAAAAAUAAGAAUUUAUUUUCAUGCUCAUUUCCUCAAAGAUAAAAGCAACCAAAUGGGAGCCCCUUUAUAUGCUUCUUGGCUUCCAUUUUUCUGAUGUCUGCACUCCCAAGAUAAUGCUACUUUUAAGAUUUUUGAAUGUUUAGAUAUCAUGUGAGGUUUUUAUUAUAUAAACUUGCUGAGUCCUGUAUUUGAGGAAUAGCUAUCUUCAAAUGACAAAGUUGGGGAAGUUAGUACAAUAAUUUCAAGAGCAAAUAUAACUGCUUGAAUGUUUUUAAAUGUAAACGGUAUCAGAUGAAAAUUUGGGAUGUUUCCAGCUUGGGGUGAAGGGGGAGGGUAUAGUCCCUUCAGAGAUCUUAAAUGUACCAGCAGGUACUACAGUUCAUUUUAUUCAGUUCAAGACACAUACUUUUCAGUGUUGUGAAUGUAUUUGGUUUAUUUUUUGGUAUGGGUUUGCAGAGAAACUAUUGCGUAUUCCUUCUGAUUGUUAUUUUUAUAAUUACUAGAGAUGACUGAAAUAGAGAAAAUGUUAUACUGAG